CCCACGUGUGCAAGCAGUUUCUCUCCCAGGAUUGACCCGUGUCGCUUUGGUCCAUGCGCGCGCUCCCGAGACUGAUGCACGAAGCCCGUCCGUGCACACACGAAGCAUAUGCACGAAGCAAGUCAAAUUAAUACGCAUUUCGUUACUAAAAUGGCAGUUUUGUGGAACAGCUGUGAGUAAAUGCUGAAAACUAAAAAGCCGGGGACAAUUUUCGACUCCUGAAGGACUUAUUUUCUGAGCUGCUGAACUGAAGUUUCACCUCACUUGCGGGAAUAUCAAUUGACCAUGGCAGAGAGUUGUCCAUUACCAGCGAUGGACCUGCAGACUGGCCUGCCAUUGGCCCAGGGGUUAUAUUCAGCAGAGAUGGAGAAGGAUGCAUGCGGUGUUGGAUUUAUCGUCAACAUUCAUGGAAUCAAGUCUAAGAAGAUCCUUGAAGAUGCAUCUGUGAUGUUGUGUAGGAUGAAGCAUAGAGGUGCGUGUAGUGGCGAUAAUGACACAGGGGAUGGAGCAGGUGUUAUGACAUCGAUUCCACAUCAGCUAUAUGCACGUGUCUUGAGAGAUGAACUUGAUAUAAACCUGCCCGGACCAUCCCAUUAUGCCACAGGGAUGAUCUUUUUGGACAGAGACACUGCACCACAAUGCAAAAAGUUAUUCACAGAUUUAGCCACACAGUGUAAACUGAAGAUUCUGUGUUGGCGUACUGUCCCCCAUGAUAGUACUGUCAUUGGUGAGAUUGCUAAGUCCAGGGAGCCUUUCAUUCAGCAGGUUUUCAUCACUGGAGACUUUGAAGGAGAUGAGCUGAAAAGACAGGUGUUUUCUUUACGCAAGCAAGCAACUCACACAAUUCCUAAGCAUGGAUACCGAUUCUACAUCUGCAAUCUGUCUGUGGACACUGUCAUUUACAAGGGGAUGUUAACUCCAAGUCAGCUGUUUGAGUACUUCACUGAUUUUAAGGAGCCUGACUAUGAAACACACUUUGCCCAUGUUCACAGUCGAUUCUCUACAAAUACAUUCCCUAGUUGGGAAAGAGCACAUCCAAUGCGAUACAUAUCCCACAAUGGGGAAAUUAACUCCCUACGUGGGAACAGUAACCUGAUGCAUGCUCGUGAGGGUGUUAUGAAUAGUGCAGUGUAUGGAGACAAGCUGAAACGUCUCUACCCUGUGGUUGAAGAGAAGAUGUCGGACUCUGGGCAGUUUGAUAAUGUCCUGGAGUUCUUGAUCAUGGCAGGUGGAAGAACACUUCCAGAGGCCAUAAUGACUAUGGUUCCUGAGGCAUGGCAGAAUGAUCAUCUCAUGAACCAAGACAAGAGAGAUUUCUACCAGUGGGCUGCGUUUGCCAUGGAGCCAUGGGAUGGACCUGCUCUCUUCACAUUCUCUGAUGGUCGUUACAUCGGUGCUAUUCUGGACAGGAAUGGUCUACGUCCAUCUCGUUACUGUAUUACUAAGUCUGGCUUCAUGAUUAUGGCCAGUGAGGUCGGUGUAGUGGAUAUCCCAAAUGCUGAUGUAGCGCAGAAGGGUCGGUUGAAGCCUGGUCGUAUGCUGUUAGUUGACACUGUCAUUGGUGAGGUUACCAAAGAUGAGGAGUUAAAAAGAGGAAUUGCUCAGCAGCGCCCAGUGAGCAAAUGGUUACGAGAGCAGGUCAUCACACUGCCAGACCUCUACAAUGUACACAAGCCAGAGGUCAUGAGUAAUGGGGAAGAUAGCUUGUCUGUGCAGACGGACCAUCGCCUGCCCAUGUUUGGCUACAGUGUGGAACACCUUAAUAUGCUUAUCGUUCCUAUCAUCAAAAAUAAGAAAGAGCCCCUUGGAUCCAUGGGAAAUGACAUUCCCCUAGCCUGUCUGUCUGAGCGGAAUCCUCUGGUGUUUGAGUACUUCAAGCAACUGUUUGCCCAGGUUACCAACCCGCCCAUUGAUCCCAUCAGGGAACACAUUGUCAUGUCACUGGCAUGUCCCAUUGGCCCAGAGAGUAAUAUUCUUGAGCCAAGUGAGCUCCAAUGCAAGAGGCUGCUCUUGGACACGCCCAUCCUUUCUCUAGAUGACCUCCUAGUUAUCAAGGCAACAACAUUCAGAGGAUGGAAGACUAAAACAAUUGACAUAACUUUCCCCAUCACAUCUGGUUGCUCUGGUCUUGUACCUGCGCUUGAGCGAGUGUGUAGUGAGUGUUCUAAAGCUGUAGAUGAUGGCUAUACACUGCUGGUGCUGUCUGAUAGAAACGCUGGCAGAGAACAUGUUCCAGUCAGUUCCGCGUUGGCUCUUGGAGCAACCCAUCACCAUCUGAUCAAGACUCGACAACGUCUCCGCGUCGGCCUGAUCGUAGAGACGGGUGAAGCCAGAGAGAUGCACCACAUGUGUUUGCUCCUUGGCUAUGGUGCCGAUGCCAUCUGCCCAUACCUGGUCUAUGAGAGUGUACAGAGUCUAAGGGAUCAGAACCUACUAGGUGAAGAGGUCUUCACUGAUGAAGAGAUUGCUUUGAGAUUCAAGAGUGCUACAGCUAAGGGGAUUGCUAAGGUCAUGGCUAAGAUGGGAAUCUCCACACUACAAAGCUAUAAGGGAGCUCAAAUAUUUGAAGCUGUAGGCCUUGGUCAAGAAGUGGUUGAUAAAUGUUUUCUCGGUACUGCAUCUAGAUUGGGCGGUGCUACGUUUCAAGUGUUGGCUGAAGAGGCUCUGCAACGUCACUUCAUAGCCUACUCAGAUCGGGAUGGUGACAUCAUCACAAGUUUGGAGCCUGGACAGUACCAUUGGCGCAGUGGGGGUGAAAAGCACAUCAAUGACCCCACUAGUGUGGCUAAUCUACAAGAAGCUACCCGCAACAAGAGUCAAACGGCCUAUGAUAAAUUUAGGGAGUCCCAGGAAGCUGUGAUCAGAGACUGUACCCUUAGGGGUCAGCUUGACCUUCAGAUGGCCUCUACUCCUCUUGAUCUCUCUCUGGUUGAAGAUGCUACCAGCAUCGUCAAACGAUUCGUCACUGGUGCUAUGAGCUUUGGAAGUCUGUCUAUUGAGACACACACAACACUUGCACGUGCCAUGAACAAAAUUGGGGGUAAGAGCAAUACAGGAGAAGGUGGCGAGUCUGAAAACCGCUACAUCAGCAAUGAUCCUAGCAACAGCACACGAUCAGCCAUCAAGCAGGUUGCUUCAGGUCGGUUUGGAGUCACUAGCUCCUACCUGGCACAUGCUGAUGAGUUACAGAUCAAGAUGGCGCAGGGAGCAAAGCCAGGUGAAGGGGGAGAGCUCCCGGGAUAUAAGGUGUCUGAAGACAUUGCCAAGACUCGAUCAUCCAUCCCAGGUGUAGGGCUAGUCUCCCCACCUCCUCAUCAUGACAUUUACUCCAUUGAGGACCUUGCAGAGCUCAUCUACAACUUGAAGUGUUCCAACCCUGAGGCUAGGAUCAGUGUCAAGCUAGUGUCAGAGGUCGGUGUUGGGGUCAUCGCUGCCGGAGUUGCCAAGGGUUUAGCUGAACACAUUACCAUCUCUGGCCAUGAUGGUGGCACAGGAGCUAGCACCUGGACAGGGAUCAAGCAUGCAGGGCUACCGUGGGAACUAGGUCUCUCAGAAACACACCAGACGCUGGUACUGAAUGACCUCAGGUCAAGGGUCAAAGUGCAGACUGAUGGGCAGCUCCGAACUGGUCGUGAUGUGGUAAUAGCAGCUCUCCUUGGUGCUGAUGAGUUUGCUUUCUCUACAACACCUCUCAUUGCCCUUGGAUGCAUCAUGAUGAGAAAAUGCCAUCUUAAUACUUGCCCUGUGGGUGUGGCAACGCAGGAUCCAGAAUUGCGAAAGAAGUUUGACGGUGAGCCAGAACACGUCAUCAACUACUUCUUCAUGCUCGCCGAGGAGGUUCGUCAACUCAUGGCCCAGCUGGGCUUCCGUAGCUUCCAGGAGAUGAUCGGACGCACAGACAAACUCAAGGCAUCGGAGCAGCCAGCCAAUGAGAAGUGUCGUAUGCUGGAUUUCAGCAGGAUCUUACAGCGAGCUGAUGAGAUGAGGGUAGGGGUGAAUAUCAUCGGAGGGAGUAAAGAGCAAAAUUUUAAUCUGGGAAACAGAUUGGACAAUAAAUUGAUAGAGGCAGCCCAAGAUGUAUUGGACGGCAAGAAGGAUAGUGUAUCUCUAGAGAUGGACAUUACUAGUCAGAGCAGAGCGUUUGCCACAACUCUCAGCUUCGAAAUCGCUAAGAGGUUCUGUGAGACUGGUUUACCAGAGAAAUCAAUCCAGAUUAAGUUGAAAGGUUCUGGAGGUCAGAGUUUCUGCGCUUUUCUCUCCCAUGGUGUCUAUGUUGAACUAGAAGGAGAUUCUAAUGACUAUGUUGGCAAGGGUCUAUCUGGAGGCACAGUUAUCGUCUAUCCACCCAAAGAUUUACCCUCGGACUUCAAAACGGAAGAUAACAUCAUCGUAGGCAAUGUGUGUCUGUAUGGAGCCACUAGGGGGACGGCUUACUUUAGAGGUGUGGCUGCUGAGAGAUUCUGUGUACGCAACUCUGGAGCUACUGCUGUGUGUGAAGGUGUUGGUAACCAUGGUUGUGAAUACAUGACGGGUGGGCGGGCCAUCAUUCUUGGACCCACUGGAUGUAACUUUGCUGCUGGCAUGUCUGGAGGUGUUGCUUAUGUCUUGGAUAGAUCGGGAAACUUUCCCAUUCUGUGCAACAAGGAAUCAGUAACGCUCCGACCUGUCUGCAAGACCAUUGAUGUUACAUUCAUUAAGGAGCAGCUCAAGAACUUUGUUGAAUUGACGGGGUCUGAGGUAGCCUCAAGAAUACUCGCAAACUGGGAGGAAGAAGUGAAAUAUUUUGUGAAGGUCUUCCCCAAUGAGUACAGAUGGGCCCUGAUCAAGAUCAAAGAUGAAACUCUUGCCAAGCAGAUGGCGUCAUCAGACCAAGUGGUUCCCAAUGGAUUGACCAAUCAUACUGACCCAAUUGAGUUGAAUGAAGGGAAACCAACCAAUGGGAAGACAGAACCCAAAGUGAUUGACAUUGAAGAUGCUGUACCUGAUGCUGAAGUGGAUAAAAGAAACAUGGACAAGAUUCUGGACAAAACAAGGGGAUUUGUGAAAUACAAGAGGAACAAUCAGCAAUAUCGGAAGGUGUCUGUUCGUAUGAAGGACUGGAAUGAGAUUUAUGAUCAUAAAGGCGUCAGGAAGGAACUUCGCACUCAGGCAGCAAGAUGUAUGGACUGUGGCACCCCCUUCUGCCAGGGUCAUACAGGCUGCCCACUUGGUAAUAUCAUCCCAUCUUGGAAUGACCUCAUAUUCAAAGGUCAAUGGAGGGAUGCCCUGGAGAGGUUAGAGGUCACCAAUAACUUUCCUGAGUUUACUGGAAGGUGUUGCCCUGCACCAUGUGAGGGAGCCUGCGUCUUGGGUAUCAAUGCACCUGCAGUAACAAUCAAGAACAUUGAGAAUGCCAUUAUUGACCAUGCGUUUGAGCAAGGGUGGAUGAAGCCUCGUCCACCAGCGUUCCGCACUGGGAAGAUAGUAGCUGUGAUUGGGAGCGGUCCAGCUGGCCUUGCAGCAGCAGCUCAGCUUAAUAAAGCUGGUCACCUUGUGACAGUGUAUGAGAGAAGUGAUCGGAUUGGUGGAUUGUUGAUGUAUGGGAUUCCAUCAAUGAAACUAAGUAAAGCGGUUGUACAGCGUCGUGUUGAUCUAAUGCGUGAUGAAGGUGUUGUGUUUGUCACUAAUGCAAAUGUGGGGGACACAGUUAGCCCAAAACAGCUACUGGAAAAUCUUGAUGCAUUGCUGCUCUGUACGGGAUCAACGCGUCCUAGAGAUCUACCAAUAAAAGGUCGCAAUCUUGAUGGAAUCCACUUUGCCAUGGAUUUCUUAGGGGCAUGGCAGAAGCGUCAGAUGGGCAACGAUAAUGUCUUCUUAGAUGCCAAAGACAAGGACAUCAUCAUUAUAGGGGGAGGUGACACUGGCGUUGACUGCAUAGGAACCUCACUGCGUAUGAAUGCAAGAAGUAUAACUACUUUUGAGAUACUCUCCGAGCCACCGCCCACAAGGGCCAAGAGCAAUCCUUGGCCAACAUGGCCUCGUGUCCUGAGGUUUGACUAUGGUCAUGAUGAGGUGAAGCUCAAACACGGACAUGACCCAAGGAACUUUGAUAUUCUUAGUGAGGAAUUUCUUGAUGAUGGCAAUGGUAAUGUCUCUGGCAUCCGUACCUGCAAAGUGGAAUGGAAACGUGACCCAACUGGCCGCUAUACCAUGGAGAAGAUUCCAGGCUCAGAAAAGACAUUUAAGGCAGACUUGGUUUUCUUAGCCAUGGGUUUCCUUGGACCUGAAGACAGGGUCGUCACUCAGCUUGGUUUGGAUCAGGAUCCAAGAGCCAAUAUUGCAUCACAACCUGGUAAAUAUAGGACCAGUAGCCCACGGAUUUAUACAGCUGGAGAUUGUCACCGUGGUCAGUCCCUUGUCGUCCAUGCAAUCAAUGAGGGCCGGCAAGCUGCUCGUGAGGUCGAUUUGGAUCUGAUGGGUCACACCUCCCUCGCUGGACCCGGAGGGGUGGUGUUCACCCCUGGUGUAAAAAUGGGUAAGCCCAAGUCUGGAGCGGGAAUCAAAAACCAGCAGCAGGUUGUUGAAUGUGUCGCUUGAAGGGGUGUGUGUACCUCUAGGGGGUAUAGACUAGGUCAGAUUAUGUUUCCUAUUAAAGGAAUGUUACAGUUUAAUGGGGUUUUGGGGGAUUUUCGUGCAAAUGUAUUAAGAAAGUCAUAUAGUUAUGGCCACAAAAAAGAGAAAUCUGUUUGGUUUUGUAAUUUUGUUUAAGGUUAUUUUCUGUCAAACAGCAUAGGCCUAGUCCUUGUUGUUGUAAAUUGUAUAUUUUCAGAAUUGAAAAGGCCAAAGGUCAUGGAAACAUACUUUUAAACCAUUGAUCAUUGACUGAUUGUAAACAAAUUUAUACUCCGGCCAAAAAACUAUUUGUUUUCUCAUAAAAAUGUUUUAUCAACUAAAGGAAUCCACCUUGAAAAGGCACAACUAAUUGUUUAAAGGAUUUUGAGAUGAAGGAUACAAAAUAAACGCAUUGUUGGCAAUAAUUAAUAUUUUCAUUUUAUAAAUUGUAAUUGUCUUGUUCUACAUUUGAACAUGUUGAAUAUGUGAUCAUUAUAUUCUUUGAGAGCUUUCUACUUUAGCAAAUGUAAGCAAAUAUUGUGUGUGAGUGAUUUGACCAUUUAUCUUAAACUGAACUGACAGUUUUUGUCUCGUUUUCCAUGUGAAGAAAAAAGACCGACAAGUAUUCAGAGUACCCCAUGUCACAUCACAUACACGUCAUUUUCUGGUUGUCUAUAAUUAAAAAUCUUUAUCCGAGGGUAAACAAAGUACAGAAAUAGUGUUAAACCAUGUUAGCCAUUUAAUAUUAUGAUAUCAGUGGUAUUGGUAAUUUCAUUGUAUUUUGUCUCAUGUACAUUUUCUUGACUGUAUAUUAAACAUGAAUAUUUCACAUAUUACAAAAGGGUUAAUAUUGAUUAAUUUUGAUGUGUUAAUAUUUACCAGUUGAUACAUAACAAUUAUGACACAAUUAAAAACAAUUUUCUUUUUCAACCAGAUUUGAAUAAGUGAACUUUUCAUUUGUAUUGCAAUAUCAUGGUGUACACAACUUGGAGUAUACAUUGGAUUGCUUAAUAUUGUAAGCCUGUGUGCCACAUUCUCAAAAGUGUGCUUGAAACUCUAGUAGUAUGAACUUCAAAACAUUUGCUUGCAUAGAUUUCAGAGGUACGACCAUAGAGCAAGGGUUGAACAGUUUUCCUUAGUUUGAUUAAGUCGAACUUGUAUGAAAAGCUACAUCCUUGGAGUUGAGUUAAUACCUUAUAGUCAGUAAUCAUUGUGUUAGAAAUACAUUUUUCUGAUAGACGUUUUUCUGCACAAAUAUCUUUUCUUAUAUGUGUGUAUAAUACGACCAAUUGAUAUAUUUUUGGGAAGUUGGUGUAGUUAAUGGUUGGUGUUCAAUAUAUUCUACUUAUAAACUGUUGUGAAAUAUUUCAUAUUGUUGUACGUAACAAUAUAGGUAAAGAUGAUUAUUUAUGAUGAGAUGCUCAUAGAGAAAGCUCUGGUAGAACAAAAAAGGUCAGAGGUUAAUAGACCACCUUGCUUUGGCCUGUCAUCAUUCAGGUCAAACAAUGAAAACGUGCACAAGUCUAAAGACCCGGUCACACAGGCCCUGAAAACAAGAACGAAAACGAUAAAAAUGCUUGUCCUCGAUUGGUUGAAAUGCUCCACGCAGAAUCCACGCUCAUUCAACUAAUCGAGGUCGUGCAUUUUUAUCAUUAUCAUUUUCGUUCUCAUUAUCGGGGCCUGUGUGACCGGCCCGUAAGUGCUACACAUGACUCAAUAGCUCUUCAAUGACCUCGGUGCGGGGGGCUGGUUUUAGGCUUGUUUUGUCAUAUGCAUGGGGUCUAUAGCACUCCGCACUAAUUGCUUAAAAGAACCCGGAUCUCAGACAAGCGUGCCAAAUUGCAUUAAAACAUACUCAUAUGUACUUGUCCUAACUAUACUACUUGUGCCAUUUGGCGUGUCGAUGAUGUGUAGAUGGCAUUAGUUGUGGAAUGUUUGUUUGUUGGGUAUUUUGAGCAAAAGAGAUAUACUAUUGAUGAGUGCUUUUCUAUGGAGUUGCUGAAGACAGCUUAUGUGGUUCUAAAUUUACUACAUGCACAUUUAUCAAUGCAUGAUAACUGGGUUGCUGGUUUAUCUAAUACUGACUGCGAAACUUUGUAAGAAUAUUAAGAGAAUGCUGCAAUGAUUGACAAAACAUUGCAGAAUAUUUAUUAUCCAUGUGCUAUUGUGGAUUACUAUAAACUAGAGUAAAUUUCUUUUUUUAAAGUUCAGUUGCAUCAUGUAGGGUUGAAAUAUUAGAUCACAUUCUGCAUUUAAUCCCAUUUGUAUCACAUAUCAUUUUGGUUGGUUUUUAGAAAUUUGCAACAGCUAUUUGUUUCCUGUGUUAGCUAUUUCUUUCCAAACCAAUGUCAAAACAAAUAUAUUGUGACACUAAAUACUCUCCAUGUACAUGCACAUGUAAUUUGAGUAGCUAGUCUUAAAAACAGCAUGUAAUAUAGUUGGAGUGUAAUUCAUGCCUUGUAAAUAUUACCACUUUUAUCCUUGGUGAGAAAUUAAAGGUGCUAACUGUCUUGUGCUAAAUCAGAACAAAAAGCAAGUGUUUUGUU